AAUUUCACCGGAUUCGUGUUAAGAAAUACAGCCAGACUCCAUUUACGUACAUUGUCUCUUAUUUGACGUUCUUAGUAAGUCAAUUAAUUCUUCUUUCAUACAUGUUAGAGACACCGGCAAUUGUCAUAAAAUUCUGCAAUGAUUUAUAAAAACAUUAAACCGAAUGACCAGGUUUUCCAAUUGUAAAAUGCAGACAAAUCGGUUCUUUAUUUAGCGGUGUUUCCCUUUUUAGAGUAGGUAGUUCCAUUCCUGUUGGCUAUCAUAUUUACAUUGUCAUGAUCUAGAGAAAAGGCAAUAAUUGAUAUUUAAAGAUGUCUAUGCUACAAGAUAAAAUCGGUCCCAUAAAAAUGCGUCGGCUGGACCGGAAAUAAAAUGUUCUAAAUAAGGCCAUUCUCCUGCAUUGAUUCCUGGGUAAUGGAAAGUUUCUGUCCAGUAGAAUUUACCACAGAUUGGUCUAAAAGCCCUCCAAGGCUGUUCUAGCCUAUCAAUCAAAAAUCUUGUCGCUGUCCGCUCGGAAUGGAAAAUAUCUCUGGUUAUUUCCUGCAAAAUCGGUUCUCCAUGCUUAAAGUUGGGAUUAGACAGCGAUGCCGAUUAUUUACGUUCAUGCACGGGUAAUCCUACGUCAUCGCUGAAAGUCCUAUUUAAAGUAAACGAUCAGUUAAGGAAAAGCCUUCUGGUAUGUGAUACACACAACAUCAGCCAAUUGUUAAUUUUCUCCUGUCUAAAAAGACUUGGUAUAAAUGUCGACUGCUUGCUGAUUCCUAGUUAGAUUUCUGAUAGCUUGCAAUCCGCACGCUUGCGUCGUGGUUCCUUUUCUGGCGGGAAUUAAUUUGUACACGCGACCGUCUGCUUCGCUUCGUUUUACUACUGAUGAACACUGACUGAAAGAGCUAGUUGUAGCGUCAGUUACAAACUUCACGUUGUGAUUUCUUAGAAAUGGAUUGAGGCUCUCAUCAACUGUUUGCAUGAAAGAAAGUGAAAAGAAAGAGAGCGGGCAUACCGGAAAGAUGGAAAAUAAUCUGAUAUCUCCGGACGAAGAUCAGCAAAACCUCAUAAAUGUCCGGAAAUCUCCGAGAUGUAGCACCUCGGAAAAUCUGUUGAACUUGUCCUUGAAAGAACAUUAUGACAUUAUCAAGGAACUUGGAAAAGGAACGUAUGGUAAAGUGGUUCUGGCCAAAUGCAAAGAAACUGGAACAAACGUCGCUCUGAAGGUGCUCUCAAAAAGCAGCGUGAAAAUCCGAGAUUUCCAACGAGAGUUUAAUUUCAGUUACUUCCUGUCACCUCAUAUGAACAUAGUGGACACAUACAAUGUGGCAUUCGAGACCAAAACAGCAUACGUCUUUGCCCAAGAAUACGCCAUCUACGGCGAUUUGUUUGAUAUGAUUCAACCUCAAACUGGUCUUUCAGAAAGCGACGUUAAGAAAAUAGUCAAACAAGUAGCAUCUGCAUUAGACUUCAUGCACAGUGAAAGUCUCGUUCACAGAGACGUCAAGCCCGAAAACAUUCUUGUGUUUGAGCAAGGUUUUAACCGCGUUAAACUAAUGGACUUCGGCAUGACCCGAAAAGAAGGAACCUUGAUUCGUAAAGUUAAUGGAAGCAUUCCCUAUACCCCGCCCGAAAUCUGCGAAGCCCUUCGGAACGAGAACAUUACGGUGACAACAGGCGGAGAUGUGUGGGCGUUCGCUGUGUUAUUGUUUUGUAUGAUGACCGGAAACUUUCCAUGGGAGAACGCGGAGACAUCGGACGUAUAUUACACGGAGUUUGUGAACUGGCAAAGGAGAAAAACGACCAAAACACCGUCCCAGUGGAAGAAGUUUACACCGCGGAUGAUGCGAAUCUUUCGGAAAAUGUUGGAACCGAAAGUGGAAAGGCGUUGUGACAUCAAGGAAAUCUACAAAUAUCUAAAUGACACGUGGACAAGACCCACGAAAGAAAGUGACGCUGAAGAGGAGUCGUGUUCAACGGAUAGUGACCAUAUGGACCAACUCACGAGUAUUCUUCAGAAUCACGGGAUCGAAACCCAUAUAGACAAACGCUUGAGAGAACGUCGAAUUUCCGAGUGGUUGUUGGCUUUAUAAUGCUUCUUUGACUUCGUUUUUUUUUUUUUGUUACUGUUAUCAUUGCUAGAUGACGUGGCUUGUUCUAGAGUCGACAUAGUUCAUUUUCUUCACUGGAUAUACCUUUGUGCUUUCAGAAACACGUAAUGGUGCUAUACACGACUUGUUAUUUUGAGUCGCCCAAUGUGCAAUAACCCUUGACAUGUGAUCUCCGAUUACAAAAUACCAAUAAAACAUCAACAUAUUAA